AUGCGCAAAACGACGGACUCAUUGGCAGAAAAUGCUGAAGGGGGCGAAAACAAGGUGCGCCUUGCUCGCCAUCCAGAUGUGCCUUCUUUCGGCUGUCCUCAAGCUCUGACUCCGAUACGGAAGUUGUACAAGCGCUCACAUCUAGGCAAGGAAGAGCAGGCUAAGCGGCGAAAGCCACUGCUGGACAUUCCGGAGCGUGCGCAAGACGAGAGGGACGUGUGUGCUGUUUGCCUUCGGAUGCAGCAAAUCACUGGCAGUACAAGCAAUCAGAUUUGUCGGAUUCAGUGUCCGACAUGCGUAGAUUGGAUGCAUACCAAAUUAUUACCAACGACAGAACAGAGCUGGGCAAAAGAGAUGCACAAGGUUUAG